AUGGAUAAGUCAUGGAUUAUUAAGCCACAAUCAUCGAUUGCUUAUCAAAAAGGGAUACAAGAAUUUAUUGAUUUUGCAUUUAAAGGUGCAAAAGAAAACGACGUAGUAAUAUGUCCUUGCAAACGUUGCGGUUUCAGAAAAUUAAAGAGUAGGAGUGACAUGUUCGACCACUUAAGUUGGUCACCAUUUCCGCAGGGAUACACCAUGUGGAUCCAUCACGGAGAGUCUUUUGUACGAUCUAGUACUAUCUCCCCUAGUACUACUCCAAGUAUGGUAGAAGAUACUAACAUUGUCGAAGAACCUAUUCAGAACAUGAUCAACGAUGCAUUUGGAGUUUAUGGGAAUCAUGCAAAUGAAAUACCAUCUGCGUCAAAUUUGGAGAUUGAACAAGAAGAUUAUGUGAUGCCAAGCUCAACUCAGGAAAGAAACGAAGCCAAGGAGUAUUAUGAGUUGGCUAGAGAAGGAGAACAACCUUUAUAUGAAGGGUGUAGACGAUAUUCAAGACUAUCUUUUUUGGUUAAGUUGUACCAUAUAAAGUGUUUAUGUGGAUUGAGUGAGAAGGCAAUGACAAUGAUUUUAGAGUUAAUAAAAGAUGCAUUUGAAUAUGCAAACAUUCCAAGUUCAUUCUAUGAAGCCAAGAAAUCAAUCACAAAACUUGGUUUGAAUUAUAUAAAGAUACCCGCAUGUCCAAACGGUUGUAUGCUUUAUUGGGGAGAAGAUGAGGAGAGGGAGACUUGCAAAAAUUGCAACACUUCAAAAUGGAAAACAAAUGAGGAUGUCUCUGUUAAAAAGAAAAAAAAGAAAAUUCCUGCCAAGGAGUUAUGGACAAGUGGUGUGGAUACAUAUGAUUCUUUCAAGAAAGAGAUGUUCAAGUUGCAUGCAAAUUUGAUGUGGACUAUUAGUGACUUUCCAGGGUUGGGUUCACUUUCUGGGUGGAACACAUACACAGGACUUGCUUGCCCAUCGUGUAACUUUCAAACUACACCUCUCCGUCUUAAAGCUAGUCGUAAAUGGUGUUUUAUGGGUCAUCGUCGUUUCCUUGAUCGGAGACACAGGUUUAGAUUGAACAAGAUCCGCUUUAAUGGUGAACAAGAAAUGCGGAGUCCACAGAGAACAUUAUCUGGACAUGAAGUUUUUGAAAAGGUUAAAGAUGUUGAAGUCAUCUUUGGUAAAAAGGCAGUGAAAGAAAAAUCAGUAAAAAGAACACGUGAGGAACAACCUAUAGUAGGUGAUAGUACACAAUGUGAUCCUACAAAAGAAGUUAAACUUGGAGGUCCUGUUCAUUAUCGAUGGAUGUAUCCUGUUGAAAGGUACUUGGGAAAACUUAAAUCGUAUGUACGCAAUAAGGCAAAACCAGAAGGGUCUAUUGCAGAAGGAUACCGUUUUGAAGAGAUUCUUACAUUUUGUUCAAGAUAUCUAGAAAAUAUUGAGACUAGAUGGAAUCAACCUGGACGUGUAGAUGACGACCCUAUUGAUGAUAUCCAAACUGCUUCACGUGUAGCUGAAUUAUUUCCUAGAGUUGGAAAACCUGUGGGUGGAUCUUCUUAUUACACCCUAACACCAACUGAAAAAUUGCAGGCUCAUAGACACGUUUUAACAAACUGUCCAAUAGUUGACGACUAUCUAAAGCAGUUCCGAAGUUUUACUCAAAACCAAAUGAGGCGCAGUCAAAGAAGUGCUACUGAGAUAGACAAGAAGGUUCAUAAGGAGUUUGCGCAUUGGUUCAGCAAUCGUAUUCGCAACAAUCUUGACAACAUUCAUGGGCCAGAUAAAGAUGUUCUCAUUAGUCUUGCUCAUGGACCUUUUGAUAAAGUUAAAAGAUUUACCACGUUCAAUGUCAAUGGAUUCAAGUUUCGAACGUUGGAACGAGACAAUCUUUUAAAAACUCAAAAUAGUGGAGUUUUUGGCAUGUUUGGGACACGAAGUUAUUCAAGCAAUAGUGAUACCCAAAUGAGAUUUGGAGGGGUCCCUUACUAUGGAAGAUUAAUAGAUAUUAUUAUGCUUUCCUAUGAUGGCUUCACAGUGCCCAUGUUUAAAUGUGAAUGGGCUAAUACCAUAAACCCAAGAGGAAUUAAGAUAGAUAAGUUGGGUUUUACCUCUAUAAACUUUGCAAGACUACUACAUACUAGUGAACAUGAAGAUAAUGAGCCAUAUAUUCAAGCAUCUGAAGCUCAUAUGGUUUUUUAUGUAGAUGAUGAGAGUGAACAAGGAUGGAGCAUACCUGUUCAUUUGAAGCCAAGAGACUUGUAUGACAUGGGUGGAAAUGAUGAAAUUAUGACACCCAUUGAGCCAUAUCCAUCACAAAAUUUGGAACAAAUCUUUUCAAAUGAUGAUCUUGGAACUUCAGCGGCAAAUGAUGACAAUAGUUAA